AUGACUAAACCACCACGCCGGUCUUCACUCUUUCAGGCCCGCGACUCUCAUUCUCGUUCUCAUUCUCAUUCAUUCUUUCAUCGAUUUCGGCACAAUCCGCUCCAUGCGCAUGACGCCAAGCAACAAGCUCUUGGCGACAGCGGUAACGGCCACGACGACGAGCACGCCGCCAACGUCGAACUGGAUUCUUCCGAAAGCGAACUCGACAAACGCGAUCCGAGUGCCAUAUCAGAAAAAGUCGUCGUCAAUGCCAUAGGCAGCGGUCCCAAUUCACUCGUUACCCAGGUCGUUCAGACCAUUUCUCUCGUUCAGUACGUUGACCCAUGGGGUAAGGCCUUUGAGACCAAGACGGUCUACGGUCCGCCAAACACCGUCGUUGUCGACCCCAAGUCUGGCAAAACCGUCGCCAUUUCCGUCGGUGCGCAACUCACGGCAGCCCAUCCUGGGUCUACCCCAGGUGGGAUAGGGCAUGUCUCGUCCUCUCCUGGUUCCAUUAUCUCGACAUCGCUCGGCCCAAAGCUCACGUCUGUACCUACAUCUGCGACUGCGAAACCCGCCUACCCUAGUGUAGGCGACAUUCGAAAUUCAACAAACUCCGCUAUACACAGUAACUCGUCAUUCGUUGCACAUAACAAUAACUCAUCGAUCUACAAGCUCUACUCUGCUCCCGUACCCAUCUCAACAACCGAUUUACCCACAACCUCGAAGGCGAAAACCAAGUCGAGAUCAACUCAUUCCACUCACUGGACCGUUUCUCCCACAACAACGACAAUCUCCCCUGGCAAUGGCUACGGUACGCUGACUGUUGGCGGCGGUCUACCAACUGCGACUCAGUCGGAUACCAGCUCAGGCGGCGGCGUAAACCUCACGCCUCAACAAAAGCAGGUCAUCGGCGGCGUGGUUGGUGCCGUAGCCGGUGUGGCAGUCAUUGGCCUUCUGCUCAUGCUCUUUCUGCGACGAUAUAAAAAGAGAAAUGCUGAUCGUCUCGUGCUGGACAACACAUCAGGAGCAGCAGGGUCACGGGCGCUCGGAGACGGCAGCGGCUCGGGAGGAUCCAUGACUGAAAGGUCAGCAGCUUCGGGCACCGUUGCCGCAGCUCUCGCCAGUUUGACAGGCAAACGAGCUCCGCCAACAUCGAACGCUGCCGAAGGUGGAGAGCGGGGGUUCUAUCGUGUUUCGGGCAGAAAGCUUCCAUCAGUGCUACACAACGGGGGUGAUGGAUAUUCCGACCCCCGAGGGAGUGCCACGAGCGGAAGCUCUGAUUAUUAUCGAGGCUCGCAGGCCUUUGAACCUUCAACGGCCGGUGGAGGACAAUUGGCUCUCGGUGCCCCUAUGCGACCCAUCAGCGGAGUUCCUAUCAUCCGGUCUGGUCCUGCACGAGUAGCCAUUACCGAGAACCCAUUCGCCGAUCCGCCUGCUACACCUAACAAUUUAUCAACACGGACUCUGGGAUCACGAGAAAGUCCAAGGGCUUCUGGAUCCCGAUUCCAAGAGGGAAUCUAG